AAUGGAGAAAACCAAGUUAAUUGUUGCUAUAACUUUAAUUUUAAGUGCAAUUAGUGUUGCCGUAAACACUAUGGAUAUGAAAUAGAUAUUAACUGAGCCUCAGAAUGAUACAUUUUUAAAGAAACUUAACAUUGUAUAUAUUAUAAUUAUUGAAUUUACAGAAUACAGAAAAUGAACAUCAAGAAGGUAUGGCUUAUAGAGAAAUCUAAGAUGAUGGAUAAAUAGAAGGAAUGAGAUACAGAGAGAUAGAAGAAUAAGAAACUUAAUAAGAAAAUCAUAUUGAAGGCAUGGCUUAUAGAGAAAUCUAAGAUGAUGGAUAAAUAGAAGGAAUGAGAUACAGAGAGAUAGAAGAAUAAGAAACUUAAUAAGAAAAUCAUAUUGAAGGCAUGGCUUAUAGAGAAAUCUAAGAUGAUGGAUAAAUAGAAGGAAUGAGAUACAGAGAGAUAGAAGAAUAAGAAACUUAAUAAGAAAAUCAUAUUGAAGGCAUGGCUUAUAGAGAAAUCUAAGAUGAUGGAUAAAUAGAAGGAAUGAGAUACAGAGAGAUAGAAGAAUAAGAAACUUAAUAAGAAAAUCAUAUUGAAGGCAUGGCUUAUAGAGAAAUCUAAGAUGAUGGAUAAAUAGAAGGAAUGAGAUACAGAGAGAUAGAAGAAUAAGAAACUUAAUAAGAAAAUCAUAUUGAAGGCAUGGCUUAUAGAGAAAUCUAAGAUGAUGGAUAAAUAGAAGGAAUGAGAUACAGAGAGAUAGAAGAAUAAGAAACUUAAUAAGAAAAUCAUAUUGAAGGCAUGGCUUAUAGAGAAAUCUAAGAUGAUGGAUAAAUAGAAGGAAUGAGAUACAGAGAGAUAGAAGAAUAAGAAACUUAAUAAGAAAAUCAUAUUGAAGGCAUGGCUUAUAGAGAAAUCUAAGAUGAUGGAUAAAUAGAAGGAAUGAGAUACAGAGAGAUAGAAGAAUAAGAAACUUAAUAAGAAAAUCAUAUUGAAGGCAUGGCUUAUAGAGAAAUCUAAGAUGAUGGAUAAAUAGAAGGAAUGAGAUACAGAGAGAUAGAAGAAUAAGAAACUUAAUAAGAAAAUCAUAUUGAAGGCAUGGCUUAUAGAGAAAUCUAAGAUGAUGGAUAAAUAGAAGGAAUGAGAUACAGAGAGAUAGAAGAAUAAGAAACUUAAUAAGAAAAUCAUAUUGAAGGCAUGGCUUAUAGAGAAAUCUAAGAAGAUGGAUAAAUAGAAGGAAUGAGAUACAGAGAGAUAGAACCAUCACAAAACAAUUAAGAUUAUGUGAUAUUUUGAUUUCAUUAUUAAUUGAAAAUAUGAACAUUACUUUU